UUUUCCUCGCCACUGAAUUCUUCCCUGUACUGGUCGUAGGAGUGCCGUGGGGUGCCCGUGAGCAGUGCAAACGUGUUUUCCGUGUAGAGACAAAGUGAAGUGCGCGCGGCAGGAUGCAGUCGGACAGCGAGGAGAGCUGGAUAGCAGCAAUUGAGAAUCAGUACAUGGAGGCGAUUGAGAAUCAGCCAGAUUUCGAGACGGAACUCAUCGCGGAGCGAGAUGCUGUCAUUAAGCAUGUGUGGAGGUCCUUUCAGGAGUCCGCCACGGCAGUGGCGCAGCUCUACAAAGAUCGAUCGAGUGGCCACGAUUCGGGGCUCCUGUGGUUGCCAUUUCAGACAGCUGCCGGAACCAUAACAACACUCUACAAAGACUCCACCGAGGGUCUGCGGAGAAUUGGCGAUGUUGCCGUGCAAUGUGGCUACCAAAGACGUAACAAAGAGAUCGCAGCCUGGGCGAAGAAGCGCCGAAGAAACAUCAGACGCGAAGAUCUCCUCUCCUACUUGGCCGGAAAGCCUCCGCCACCACUUCACGUAUCUCGAGCUUCCCAAAUGAGAUCAUCUCCGAAGCCAGAACAACACAUCAACAAUCAUCACAAUUUAAUGCAACACGGUGCAACACCUUUUGUGAGUCCUCAGCUGCCUCUGGCCACGGAGCCCGAGAUGCACACGUUCAAAGAAGCCUUAGCACGAAGAUCCAGGGGUCCUGAGCUUUAUGCGUUCGUUACCGGAGAAGUAGCCCGCCACUGUAAACGUCCGGCAAGUCCCUCACUAGACGUCAAUAUGGAAUCCUUAGGCAGUAAACGACAACGUUUCUUGUAGGAUCUAGGGAGAAGCCCUCAGUUAGGUGGUAACAUUAAUCUUUUUCUCAAAAAACAAACAAACAAACAUUUUCAAACUUCAAAAAUAAUAGAACAGCGUCAAACUACACGCAAACACUGUUUAAAAGGAAAGGUGUAAAGAAGAAUAUUUUUCAAUUCUUAAACAUUUAAUAGCAAUUGAAUCGAGAAUUCAAGUUUUCAACAAUUUAAAGAUUUUGCAAGAGCGACAGAGCAAAAGAGGGGGAGAGAGAGAGAAAGAGAGAAAAAGAGGAUAAAAGUUCGAUAAGUUAUCGUAAAUAAUUACUCUAUAAGAUUCCAUAAUGUUUAUUCAAUGUUCAACUCUUUUUCCUCACCUUUGAAUUUGGCAAUUAGCGUGUAAUGUAUUAAGAUUUUUUUCUUUUUCUAUUCGAACGGAGAUUUUUUUUUUCACUAUAAUUUUGUCUUCUCUAUAAAUUGUUAUAUUGUGAUUUUGUCUCUGUUAAUUUUGUCUCCUUUCAGUUCAAUUUGAGAGAAUCCAUACAUUUUGACCAUCAUUGAAAAAAAAACACUCUGAUGAUUUAUAAGAAGAAAUAAUACAUUAAAAAAAUGAAGGAGGAAAUCAUUGAAAUGUUCACCCCAAAUCUCAAUAGCAAGAGAAGAAGAAGAAGAACGAUAACGCAAUAAUCUUAUAUCGAGAUAAUGCCUUUUUACAACAUUUUUCUACUAGACUUCAGAGACAAUUCGAGAACGUUAUUGAGCAUAAAUUGUGCAUGUUGCAUCUCAUAGCCGCCAAUUUGACUCAUUCCCCCUGUUUUCCGAUUGAAACAAAUAAUGUACAGACAGGAAAUUCUCAAGUGUUUUGUGGCAGAAAGACUAGAUAAAUGCUGAACGAUGGACUUUUUUGUCCCACAACCGAUAUUUCUUUUUUUUUCUAAAUUGCUUACAGUCACGUGAUUUCUGCCACAUUUAUGCUGCAUUUUUAAGGCAUUGCGAAAUGCAUCGAAAAUCGCUUCCAUGGCAUGAUGAGAAGUGAUUGUUCACUUCUUUGUUAUGAGCUUCACGAUAAUGAAUUAUUGAGUAUCUGGCAAUUUAAUUUGUGUCACAAGACGAAAGAAAAAAAAAACAGUAAAAUUCGCUGUUGAGAUGCAAGUUUGACGACAUGGAGAAUCAACCAAAAACAGCAUUAAAGACUAGAAAAAAGCUCAUGAACUUGAAUAGUAACAGCGCUGAAGAGAGACAACAAUUGCAGGAGUGUUGAGUUAAAUAUUAUUGCGAGAAUAUCUUUAGUUGUAAUAUUUAAGCAAGGCGCGUAAUUGUUGUGUACUUUUUUAACUUAUAUAUAUAUACAAUGAGAAAACACACAGAAAACUUUCUUUGGGAGUUGUUUUUUUUUCGUAAAGAGUAAUUUAUAUUAUAUAAACUUUAUAAAAAGAUUAAAAAAAAAGUAUAAAGAUGGAUAAAAAUUUAGCAUUAAGAAUUGACAUUAAAACAAGUUUUGAGCAGAGAAAACAAUUUAAAGGGACACACAAAAAUACACUCAACAAUUAAGAAAAGCAAAAGGCAAAA